AUGAGCUCCAAAGAUAAUCUAGCAUUGGACCUCGAGCAUGGCGUGCGCCGCUGGGACCGCGCGCGCUGGAUCAGUGUUUUCAGUUCGCAUAAUCCGACAAUACGCGAAGUGACAGAGUGCUUGGGCUUGGGCUUGUCCGCCUCCAGCAGCACCACGAACCGCGGAAUUCCCAAGUUCGACAACCCAGACUAUCGCAAACUAUCGAGUGAAGUCACCAAGCUGAGCAAAGAGCUGCCCAAAGAGCGAGAUGCGUUGCUUGACUUUGCCGCGGAUCCGCGCAGCUUGGACACCGAGCUCGAGGAGCUGCUCGGAACCUACGGGCCAGCCAUCUGGAGCAAGGACGCGGAUCGGACCUGCCUGCUUACACCAGAUUCAGCCAAAAAGACGUACACAAAAGACCUCUUCUACGAGCAGCCCGAGCAUAAAGAAAUUCUCAAGAUCCACCUGCACCGCUGGAUCAUCAUCAAAGCAUGCUACUACAUUCGCAACAUGAAGCUCAAGAGGCCAUCGGGUGCAAAUGAUUACGAUACGCUUGCUGAUAUCGACGGCGAGUCGCAGCUGUCACCCCAUGGCACCCCUCACUCACUUACCCCACCAGGGCAUGAUGCGACGCCUGGUGCUGAUCUCGAAGUAAAGCCUAUAAAUGGCAGGAAGAGGAAGAGCGAAGCAUUUGGUUCAUUAUCGGACGGAGAGGAACGUUCGGGGACGCCCCACAAGCGUCCCUACAGCACGAUGCCCCUCAACAGGAGGAGUAAGAGUCCGCGCAAGUCGCUUCACAGCCUUCUUCCUGGUGCCAAUGGUAGCAUGGAAAAUGUUCCGCCGCUACCGACUCACAAGUCCCAUCUAUCACCAUCGCCUGCCAAUGGCGCUGAACCUGCUAGGAUUCAGCUCAGCCCACUCUCUAACAACGAACUGAAUGGCACGGCUCGACAGCCCAGCGCCCCGCCUUCCAUUGGAGCUGGUGGAUUUCAAGCAGUGAAUGGUGGUGGCGGCGGCGGCUUUACUGCUGUGAAUAUGAAGAAAGAGACUUCACGUGAUGGUUCACGUCCACCAUCCAGGGGGCCACAGCAUGCCUCACCACUCAUGCGCGAUGCCCGGACAUACACCAGCCCCUAUGACUCUGCUGCUAUUAAUGCUAUUGCUGGGAGACAGUAUCCAGAGUCAUCGCACCUCAAGCUGCGACCCCAUCUACUGAUACCCAUGGAAAUGGACAUCGCGGAUCUCCAGCUAGUAAACCUGCACACCAGGCGCCUGUUGCUCCUCAACCUCAACAUCAAGCAUACCCACAUCCUGCACCCGCAGCUCCUAAUUAUGCACAUGAGCAACAUCCACCUAAUACGUAUGCCCAUUUUGCCCAGCAAGCUCAAGCACGAGCACAGCAGCUGGCUCAAGCUCGCGGGCCCAGUCGAACCAGCAGUCCCGUUGCUCACCAUGGGCGAUCUUUGGCUCCUUCAACACCUACCCGCUCCACAGCCCGCUCCAUCAACUCACCAACCACGUCAUCCGACUGUGCUCAAGAGCCAGCCAGUCGAAGCUCCUCAAGUGGUGGCAAGGCCUGCUGCGGUCAGCAUGGUGGAGCUCCGCGCUUUGCAAUGUGAGGUGACUGCCAUGCUUCUGCACUGGCUUUUCCCGAAACCGUCAGCACCGCCCGAUGAGCCAGGCCUCCUGCACCGGAUCAACACACUUUGGUAUCACGGAGAAUCCAUCUUCCGUCCCGAACUUGGCUCUCACUAUGAUCUCACCACGCAUAUCCUGACUGCUUGGCUGCAAGAGCGCUACGCAAUUUCUAGCCUCCAGCAUGCGCUGGCUACGCAACCCGGCCUUCCUACCAGCUCGGCUGCGAUUAUUGAUCGGUUGCUGGCGAUGAACGACCUGAGAGCGAUGCGUCUGAAGUGGAAGAAUAUGAGCCCCGUGGACGGCAUGAGCCCUGAAGAUAUUCUGAUUCGCGCGUUCGGCGUGAUGACGAUGACGGAACACACAGAAUUUCUCUUCAAGGAGGGCCUGAACAGAGUCGAGAGAUCCGUGUUCGAAUUCCUGCGCACCGAGGAUGCGAAGAUUGUUUUGCACAGGCAGUAG